GCUACCAGCUGCGCCUGGCCUGGGACGGACGCCGGACCGCCCCGUCACGUGCGCCCAAGUCCUCGGCCGGCCGGGGCCGCGCGGUUCCCAUGGUUCAAGGCUGUUGAUGGAGAAGGGGGCGGAUGACAGCCGGGACGGUGGUCAUCACCGGGGGCAUCUUGGCGACUGUGAUUCUGCUCUGCAUCGUCGCCGUUCUGUGCUACUGCCGGCUCCAGUACUACUGCUGCAAGAAGGACGAGUCGGAGGAGGACGAGGAGGAGCCGGACUUUGCCGUGCACUCGCACCUGCCCCCGCUGCACUCCAACCGCAACCUCGUGCUGACCAACGGGCCGGCCCUCUACCCGGCCGCCUCCACCUCCUUCAGCCAGAAGUCCCCGCAGGCCCGCGCCCUCUGCCGCAGCUGCUCCCACUACGAGCCGCCCACCUUCCUCCUGCAGGAGCCCGAGGACGAGGGCGUGCACAACGGCGGGGAGCGCGUCGCCUACCGGAGCCUCAGCCAGGAGGACGUGGAGCUGCCGCCCGGGAGCUUCGGGGCCCUGCAGGCCCUCAACCCCAACCGCCUCUCGGCCAUGCGGGAGGCCUUCUCCCGGAGCCGUAGCAUCAGCACCGACGUCUGAGAGCGCCCCCAGCCGCCGACAGGUCCUGAGACCAUGGUGGGGUCUCGACGGCACAUCAGCCUGGCCCCAGGCAGCCUGGACCAGGGCUUGGCCCAGCUUUCCUCGCAUCCCCAUCAUCGCGGGGGCCCUGUUGGGGAGCCCGGGGGCUCUCAGCAGGGAUAAGGUCUGGUGAAUGCUAGCGUGGCCGCCCGGGGCCUGGUCUGGAAGGGAGGCAGGCGUGAUGCAAGCACAGGUGAGCGGUAGCAUCCAGGUGAGAGGCUGCAGAGCGAGGUAGGGCCCUGGAGCACAGACGCCAGGCUCCUGACGCCAAUGCCGCCAUUCAGUAAAGGGGCAGUGGAGAGUGGCCUCAGUCUCAGCCCCAGUAACUUGGCCAUCUCUGGCGGCACGGCCUGGCCACAUCACUCCCUCUCGGGGCCUCGGUCUACCUACCUGUUCAAGGAAGGGAUGGCAGCCAUGACCCUAGGGCCCUGCAGCACAAGCCUUGCCUGGCCAUCAGGGACCGGGUGUUCGGUCCCAGAUCGGAGCCUCUGUGCCCCCUCCCCCAGCCCCUCCCACACACACCCCGGCUUCAGGUGCCAGGCAGCCAAAACACUGGUUGAGCUGGCCUCCCUGCUGGUCCCCCUAGAGAGUUUCCAGGCGGCUGGUCCUUUGGGAAUGUGCAGCCCCAACUGGUGAAAAAAGAGGUUAAGAGGAGGCCGUGGGCUGACCCCCUGCUUCAGGAGUGACCACCCUAAAGCACACAGGAGUGACCAGUCCUCAGCCCUGAUGUGGUCAGGCACACAGAGCCCCGGGCCGGGGGCUGAAAGGCCCCCGAACUCCCCGCGAGACCUGGGGUGGGCCGUUUCUGGGAGCCCUUCUGCUCUGGUCCCCAGGGUGACAGACCCAAGCUCUCCUACCUGCCUGGUUGCUCCCAGGAGGACCUGGGAGCAAGGCCUCAAGCCACCCCUUCCCCCCCUCCACCUCCACGUGAAGACCUCAGCUGAGCCCACCGUCCACCACGCUCCUAGCAGGGCUCGGGGGUCCCUCCAUCCGGCCAGAGAAAUGCCCCAAACCCAGGGGCACCUGCCAUGGAGAGUGCAGCCCCCCCACCCCGAGGCGUCCUUUCCUGUCUCUGCAGCCCCCUGUGCCCUCCUGGGCUUCCUCUGCCUUUGGGCCUGACCAUGGAGCCCCCCACCCCGGUGAGGCAGCCCCACGUCUGCCCAGGAAGACGGACAAGCUCCCAGCUCAGACACCCCCCUGAAAGAUAAGCUUUUAGGGCAAGCGGCUAUCCCUAAACCGUGAGCAGCUUUGACCGCCUUCCAGCUUUUUCUUGAAAGUGCCGCUGAGCCGAGACUCGGGCGUGAGCGGAGUGAGGGAGACUUACUAUUUUUAGCAGUCUCAAUUUUUUCCCCCUCUUCUUCCUUUCUCCUGCCUCAGUUUGGACUCGCUAAUGGGAUUCAUCCCCAAGCUUCCCCUCCCUUUGUCAGACCCCAUGAGUCUGUUUCUGAUGCAUUAGCUUGUGGGGUGGGCAGGGGUGGGGGGCGAGGGCCUGGAGGUGGCACUUCUGUGGCUGUUCUGUUUGGUUUCCUCUUUCCUUUUCUGGGCUCUGGCCUCUGUAUAGAUUCCUACGUCCUUUUGACAUGAACACGCAUCCGUCCAUCUGAGGUCACUCAGCUCCACCGUGGGGACCUACGGGGAGCUGCCUGCUCCCUGACAAAAUCGAGAGCCAAUAAAACUC